AUGUUCUCUUUCUUAUUAAAAUCCAUCCCACCCUCCAUUCUCGUACCAUCAUCCAGAGUACUCACACAGUUGCUGAACGAGCUCGACGGUGUGGUUGCCCUGAAGAAUGUUGUGGUGGUUGCUGCAACCAACCGACCCGACGCCAUUGACUCAGCGUUGCUGAGACCAGGACGGAUAGAUCGCAUUCUCUAUGUGAAUUUACCCGAUGCGGAAUCCAGGCGUGAGAUCUUCUCAAUCAAUCUCAGACGAAUGCCGCAAGCCGUGACG